CAGAUUAGAAAUAAUGCUCAGAAAUAUUUGGUAGCAGUAUACACAGGCUUACAAACUAAAACUUGUGAAAAAUUUGUCACGCCAAUACUAGUUAAACAAAAACACACACACAUGCACAUACACCCCAUGCACCACCAAAAAAAAUCCCAAGCAAUCGACCAAAACAAAACUCCUGCCGUGGUGUGGCCCUAGCCAGACUUUCUAAGGAGACAUAACUUUGCAGUGAAAUUGCACAGAUUUUAGGGCUUUGAAUUGUAUUAAUGACUGUUUUUUUUUGCAGGAGUGGAUGAAGUCAGACGUUAUUAUAAGCAUGCUGCUAGAACUCUAGAAGACUUGGGGGUUGAAGUGGCUAAGGAAACUGGACAAGCCUUAGGGCCCAGGACUGAGUUCAUGACACUCCUAGAGAUGUCAGUGAGAGCUCUGCUUUCAAAAGGAAUCAGCCCCUAACAGAAAAAGAAUUUAUGUGACCAGCUAUGUACCUGUUUCAUACAAGGGGAAACCAUGAAGUUUACCAGGGAAAACAGUGGAGCUGCCUAAACAUUUGGCUAGUUUUAUUCUUGUUUCCAAGAACCUGUAUAUCAAGUCCUUCGAAACCCAAUUUUUUACUGAUGCUGGUUGAUGAUCUUGGUAUUGGAGAUGUGGGUUGUUAUGGCAAUGAUACAAUAAGGACCCCUAACAUUGAUGGCCUGGCAAAGGAUGGAGUGAGACUUACUCAACACAUUGCUGCAGCUGCUGUCUGUACUCCAAGCAGAGCAGCUUUCCUGACUGGCAGAUACCCCAUCAGAUCAGGCAUGGCAUCUGGCACUCAACAGCGGAUUCUCUUCUGGAAUGGAUGUUCCGGUGGGCUCCCACCAAAUGAAACUACUUUUGCCAGAAUACUCCACCAGCAAGGUUAUUCUACAGCUCUUGUUGGGAAGUGGCAUUUGGGUGUGAACUGCCAAUCCCGCCGUGACCACUGCCACCAUCCUUUAAAUCAUGGCUUUGAUUAUUUUUACGGCAUGCCUUUUACCUUGUUGAAUGAGUGUCAAGGCACAGAUGACCCUGAACUGGCCAAGUCUUUGCAAGAUACGUAUUGGCUUUACACGCAGAUGAUCAUCCUUGCAGUGCUUACUCUUUUGAUUGGAAAACUUACCAAUUUAUUUUCAGUAAAAUGGAAAAUAAUCGUAUGUCUGGCCAUCUGUGGUAUCCUGUAUUUCAUCUCCUGGUUCUCCAGCUAUGGUUUCACCAAGUACUGGAACUGUAUCCUGAUGAGAAACCAUGAUAUCACUGAACAACCGAUGAAUCUAGAAAAAACUACUUCUAAUAUGCUGAAGGAGGCAGUUUUAUUCAUUGAAAGAAACAAGCAUAGACCAUUUCUUCUCUUUGUUUCCCUUCUACACGUUCACACCCCUCUCAUUACCACAGAGGAGUUUCAGGGAAGGAGCAGGCAUGGCCUAUAUGGAGAUAACGUAGAGGAGAUGGACUGGAUGGUGGGCAGGCUUCUGGAUGUUAUUGACAAAGAAGGCUUGAAGAAUACCACAUUCGUUUAUUUUGCAUCUGAUCAUGGAGGAUCCUUAGAGGCUCACAGAGGAAACGCUCAGUUGGGUGGAUGGAAUGGGAUCUAUAAAGGUGGAAAAGGAAUGGGAGGCUGGGAAGGAGGGAUCCGUGUCCCAGGAAUAGUUAGAUGGCCAGGAGUGUUGCCUGCAGGGACAGUUAUCCAUGAACUGACAAGCCUUAUGGACAUCUUCCCAACAGUGGUUCACCUGGCUGGAGGAGCAGUGCCUCAGGACAGGGUAAUCGACGGGCGCACCUUGCUGCCUCUGCUGAGGGGGACAGUUCAGCGCUCCGGGCACGAGUUCAUGUUUCACUACUGCGGUGUGUUUCUGCAUGCAGUGCGGUGGCACCAAAAGGACAGUGGCACCAUAUGGAAAGCUCACUACGCCACUCCAGUAUUCCAACCAGAAGCUUCUGGGGCCUGUUUUGGGAGAGGAAUUUGCCCGUGCUUUGGGGAUGGUGUAACCCAGCAUGACCCUCCGCUGCUGUUUAAUCUCUCGCAAGAUCCUGCUGAGGCAAAUCCUCUAUCAGCUGACACCGAGCCUUUGUUCGACACGGUAAUAACAAGAAUAGGAAAAGCUGUAGAAGAGCAUCGCCAGACACUGACUCCGGUCCCACAACAGCUGUCUCCUUACAAGAAUAUAUGGAAGCCAUGGCUGCAGCCAUGCUGUGGCACAUUCCCGUUCUGUUGGUGUGAUGAAGAAAACAACAAAGCAGAUGGCAUACUUUAAUACCAAAAUCAAAGUACGGUUAGCUUUAAAAAAGCUGAUAGUUUUUACAUUCACAUGGCUGCAGUCAUACAAAGAUACUGAGUCAAAUUACGCUGGAAUAACCAAAAGGGAUUUUAUUGUUGCCUUUUAUUCAACCUUUUCUCUUACCUGCAGAAAUUUAUAAGCCUGAAGUUUAAAAGAAAUUAAAAAUGCUCCAAACAUAUUCCACCUAUGGUUCACCUGUAUAAUCUAUCCUGCAAGUUCAUAAUUCUGAAUCAAAUACCCAAAUAAAUAAAACAAAAUUUCUUU